UUCCUCCAAGCCGUCUCUCCCAGCUUGUGGUUGAUCACCGUCUGUGGCCUCCCACGGCCUCUCAUGUGCCCCUGCAGAGGGAGCAGGCUCUUGGGGUCUCCUCUCAUAGGACCCCAAGCCCAUCCCGUCAGGGCCGCAGCCUUCUGACCUCGUUCAGCCUUCAUCACUCCCUCAAAGGCCACGCAUCCCAAUGCAGUCGCGUGGGUGAGGAUCUCAACGUAGGAAGCCCGAGGCUGGAGGAGACACAGUUCAGGCCGUACGAAUAUUGAAAGCGGAGUUGUGAAUUAAAAAGCAUGGCCCAAAGGCACUCAGAUUUGGGAGACGUGGCCCCAGAAAUAAAAGCCUCCGAGAGACGAACAGCUGUGGCCAUUGCAGAUUUGGAAUGGAGAGAGAUGGCAGGAGAUGACUGCGAGUUUCAUUAUGGAGAUGGUACAAAUGAGGCUCAGGAGAGUGACUUUCCAACAGUGGAGAGGAGCAGACUGCAAGAAAUGCUGUCCCUUUUGGGACUAGAGCCAUACCAGGUGCAGAAACUCAGCCUGCAGGACGCCUUGCAGAUAAGUAGCGACAGCAUGAAGAACUGGGCUCCGCAGGCUCCCAGAGACCUGCCCUGGAAUUUCCUCAGGAAGCUGCAGGCCCUCAACGCCGAAGCCAGGAGCACCGCCAUGGUGCUGGACGUGGCCCCGGACGCCAGGCCUGUGGAGAAGGAGAGCCAGAUGGAGGAGGAGAUCAUUUUCUGGGACACGGCCGACGACACCUCCGCGGACAUCUACUCCUUCUCCGAGCUGCCCACGCCCGACACGCCUGUGAACCCCCUGGACCUCCUCUGCGCCCUGCUGCACGCCUCGGACAGUUUCCUGCAGCAAGAGAUUGUGUUAAAAAUGUCCCUCUGCCAGUUUGCGCUCCCUCUGGUCUUGCCCGACCCCGAAAACCACUACCACACGUUUCUGCUGUGGGCCAUGCGGGGCGCCGUGCGGACGUGGUGGUCGCCGCCCCCGAGGGCGGCGGGCGGCUUCCGAGAGGACAGCCUGGGCCUGUCCCGCGCCCCGGCCUUCGCCUUCGUGCGCAUGGAGGUGAGCAGCAACUCCAAGUCCCAGCUGCUCAACGCCAUGCUCAGCCCCGGCCACCGGCAGCGCGACUGUUUCUGGCAUCGGGACCUGAGCCUGGGCACCAACCCGCGGGAGAUCGCCGACGGGCUGGUGGAGAUCUCCUGGUUCCUUCCCAGCGGCCGGGAGGACCUGGACAUUUUCCCGGAGCCCGUGGCCUUCCUGAACCUGCGGGGCGACAUCGGGUCGCACUGGCUGCAGUUUAAGCUCCUGACGGAAGUGGCCUCGGCCGUGUUCGUCCUGACUGACAACAUCAGCAAGAAGGAGUACAAGCUGCUCUACUCCAUGAAGGGCUCGGCCACCAAAUACUACUUCAUCCUGAGCCCCUACCGCGGCAAGCGCAACACCAACCUGAGGUUUCUGAACAGGCUGAUCCCCGUGCUGAAGAUGGACCACUCGCACGUGCUGGUGAAGGUCAGCAGCACCGACAGCGCGGGCUUCGUGCGCAGGGUCCGCGCCAUCGUGGCGCACGUGACCCGGUCCCCGUGCCGGAGGGUGUCCGUGGAGGACAUGGCGCACGCGGCCCGCAAGCUGGGGCUGAAGGUGGACGAGGACUGCGAGGAGUGCCAGCGGGCCAAGGACCGGAUGGAGCGCAUCACCAGGAAGAUCAAGGACUCGGACGCCUACCGCCGGGACGAGCUGAGGCUGCAGGGGGACCCGUGGAGAAAGGCGGCCCAGGUGGAGAAGGAGCUGUGUCAGGUCCAGUGGGCCGGGGACCCUCCCGAGAAGUCCAGGGCCGAGCUGAGGCAUCGGCUGCUGGAACUUCGCGCGCAGCAGAACGGCCAUGAGCCGGCCUGGGGGCUGCAGGAGUUCAUCUCGGGCCUCAGCAGCCCCUCCCUGGGCGAGAAGCAGUACUUCCUGAGGUGGAUGGAGUGGGGCCUGGCCAGGGUGGCCCAGCCACGGCCAAGACAGCCCCCGGAGACGCUGCUGCCCCUGCGACCGAAGCACUGUGCGGCCGUGGACGGCAGCGAGCCCCCCUGGCCCGAGCCCCUGGGCGUGGAGCACUUCCUGCGGGAGAUGGGGCAGUUCUACGAGGCCGAGAGCUGCCUCGUGGAGGCAGGGAAGCUGGCAGCGGGUCAGCGGCGGUUCGCCCACUUCCCGGGCUUGGCCUUGGAGCUGCUGCUGAAGGGGCUGCCCCUGGAGCUGAUCGACGGGAACACGCUGAGCCCCCCGCUGCGCUGGGUCACCGGGCUGCUGAAGGAGCUGCACGUCCGCCUGGAGAGGAGGGCGCGCCUGGUGGUCCUGUCGGCGCUGGGCGCGCCGGGCACGGGCAAGUCCACCCUCCUCAACACCAUGUUCGGGCUGCGGUUCGCCACGGGGCGGGGCUCCGGGCCGCGGGGGGCCUGCAUGCAGCUCAUCACGGUGGCCGAGAGCUUCAGCCAGGACCUGGGCUGUGACCACAUCCUGGUGAUCGACUCGGGGGGCUUGGGAGGCGGGGUCCUGACCGAGGCCGGGGAGCGGUUUGAGCGGGAGGCCGCCCUGGCCACUCUGAUCAUGGGGCUGAGCAACGUCACCGUGGUCAGUCUGGCGGAGACGAGGGACGUCCCGCCAGCGAUUCUGCACGCGUUUCUGAGGUUGGAAAAAACGGGGCACAUGCCCAACUACCAGUUUGUGUACCAGAACCUGCACGACGUGUCUGUCCCCGGCUCCAGGCCCAGAGAGCGGCGGCAGCUCGGGGAUCAGCCGGGUGAUGUGAGCAGAGCCACGGCGCAGCUGGAGAGGCAGGGCGAUGGGAUCCGGACGCUGGCCGACCUGGCCUUCUGCGACCCCGAGAAGCAGCACGUCUGGCACAUCCCCGGCCUGUGGCACGGAGUGCCUCCCAUGGCCGCUGUGAGCUUGGGCUACAGCGAAGCCAUUUUCGAGUUGAAGAGAUGCCUGCUAGAAAACAUCCGGAACGGGCUGUCCAACCAAAACAAAAACAUUCAGCAGCUCAUUGAGCUGGUAAGACGGCUGUGAGUCCUCGAGGAGACGGCAAGUCCAGCUGCCAGAGGCCUGUUCUGGUGGGGGGCCCGCCCGGAGAGGGAAAGACGGGGUGGGGUCUGGAGCUGCCCGAACAGCGUCAGGAAAGGAAGCCACCUCUCAGACCAGCCCAGGGAGCCCUCGGGAGGGGCGCCGAACAGGCCCCGGGCAGGGGGGUUGGCCUUUCACUCGGCUGCUCUGGAGUGGAGAGUGGCUCCUGACCACUGCGGCCGAGCAGGCGGUACCUGGGAGGGGGUGGGAAGUCGCGCUGAGGAAGCAGAGGGAGGCCUUCCCUCCGCACCGGUGCCCGGAUCCUGCCCCCUGAGCAAGUGCCCACUGCGUGCAGGCACCACUGUGGUUCUGUGUCCCGACAGGCCCGCCCAGGAAGGGUUCCUGCUGGCUCUGUCGCUCCUGGCACUGUUUACACCUCUGCCACGACACAGCACGCGCAUCGUCUCACCUGUGCACGUGUCUGCCUCUCCCCUAGACGUGUGAGCUCCCGGAGGCGGGGGCUGCCCCCCCCACCUUGUACCCCAGGGCCCGGCACACUGUAGGCACUUAAUAAACGUGUUGAAUGAA